GUUCAGAGCAGCUGGUCACAUGAGCCUGAAUUUUCAGUUCAGUUCAUUAGUCAGCCAUUUUGGUCAACACCCUGCUUACUGCGCACAACCAAUCCUAUUAGAACUCAGCAUCCCACCUCCUCUGAGCAGACCCUGGAAGUGAUUUCUGCAGUUCAGGAUUUUUUCAAGCUAAAUUGAAAAUACAGGUUUUUAUUUUUUCAUCCAUCUUUUUUUUUCCCUUUUGUGUUUUUUUGUUCCUGCACAAAGAAGGAGGAUUUUUCACUUAUUCAUGCAGAGACCAGUUUUUUUUAAGCCAGCUAACGUGGCGUCGACUGUGCAGGAUUUAAAGCUGAUAGCUCCACUGAAAGAAGGGGGUAGGGAAGGGAAGAUAAAAGAAGAGAAAGCUGGGAGAAGACAAGCAUCAUCUUACUUUAAUAAGUGGUAGGAGCUGUCUAUGAGAAAAGAUAGAAUUGUUUAUCUUGAACCAUUGGUUCUUAAACCAUAAGGUAUUUUUCCGUGUGUGUGUGUGUGUGUGUGUGUGUGUGUGUGUGUGUGUGUGUGUAAGUGUAAGCCUCCCACACCCCUUUUCUUGAGAGCUUUUGUUUCAGAGCUUUGGACUUAGGGGGGGUUUGGUGAGGAGGUUUUAUUUAUUUUUGUUGGUGUGUGUUGUGUGUGUGUUGUGGUCUCAGCUGAGUCAUCAUGUCUGCUCUGACACCUCCGACCGAUAUGCCAACCCCCACCACUGACAAGAUCACACAGGCUGCCAUGGAGACCAUCUACCUUUGCAAAUUCCGAGUGUCCAUGGAUGGAGAAUGGCUCUGCCUGCGAGAGCUGGAUGACAUCUCUCUUACACCUGACCCAGAGCCUACCCAUGAAGACUCUUGGGAGGAUUUGACAGAUUUGGUGGAGCAAAUGCGUGAUGAUACAGAAGAUCCUAAUUAUCUCAUGGCUAAUGAACGUAUGAACUUGAUGAACAUGGCUAAGCUGAGUAUCAAGGGACUGAUUGAGUCAGCUCUGAACCUGGGGAGGACUCUGGAUUCUGACUACGCACCUCUCCAGCAGUUCUUUGUAGUGAUGGAACACUGCCUGAAACAUGGGUUGAAAGCUAAGAAAACUUUUCUUGGACAAAAUAAAUCUUUUUGGGGGCCUCUAGAGCUGGUAGAAAAGCUUGUUCCAGAAGCAGCAGAGAUAACAGCAAGUGUCAAAGAUCUUCCAGGGCUUAAGACACCGGUAGGGAGAGGAAGAGCCUGGCUUCGUUUGGCAUUAAUGCAAAAGAAACUUUCAGAAUAUAUGAAGGCUUUGAUCAACAAGAAAGAACUUCUCAGUGAGUUCUAUGAACCCAAUGCCCUCAUGAUGGAAGAAGAAGGCGCCAUAAUUGCUGGUCUUUUGGUGGGUCUGAAUGUCAUUGAUGCCAAUUUCUGUAUGAAAGGUGAAGAUUUAGACUCUCAGGUUGGAGUAAUAGAUUUCUCAAUGUAUCUCAAGGAUGGUAACAGCAGUAAAGGAAGUGAAGGUGAUGGGCAGAUUACUGCAAUUCUGGAUCAGAAGAACUAUGUGGAAGAACUCAACAGACAUCUAAAUGCUACUGUAAACAACCUUCAAGCAAAAGUGGAUGCAUUAGAGAAAUCCAACACUAAACUGACAGAGGAACUUGCAGUUGCAAACAACAGGAUUAUUACCUUGCAAGAAGAAAUGGAACGAGUAAAAGAAGAAAGCUCCUACAUACUGGAAUCCAAUCGCAAGGGUCCUAAGCAAGACAGAGCUUCAGAAGGGCAAGCAUUAAGUGAAGCAAGAAAACAUUUAAAGGAGGAGACACAAUUACGUCUGGAUGUUGAGAAAGAACUAGAAAUCCAAAUCAGCAUGAGACAGGAGAUGGAAUUGGCCAUGAAGAUGCUGGAGAAGGAUGUGUGUGAGAAGCAGGAUGCCCUGGUGUCCCUGCGGCAGCAGCUGGAUGAUCUCAGGGCUCUCAAGCAUGAACUUGCCUUUAAGCUGCAGAGUUCAGACUUAGGAGUAAAACAGAAAAGUGAACUAAACAGUCGCUUGGAAGAGAAGACCAAUCAGAUGGCUGCUACAAUUAAACAGCUUGAGCAAAGUGAAAAGGAUUUGGUGAAACAGGCAAAGACCUUAAAUAGUGCAGCAAACAAACUGAUUCCCAAACAUCAUUAGGCAUUUUCCAAUUAGUCACCUCACAAGUCUGACAUCAGAGUUUAAUUGUAAAAGGAAGAAAUUUGAAAGUUAUUACCUUUAAGCUUCAGUUCUUUAUAAAAUGUCACCAAAAAUUGACUUUGAACAUACUGGGCUUUUGAAAAAAAGUUUGAUAAAAUAUAUUUUGAUUUUUUUUCUUUAUUUUUCUUGUAGUUAGAAAAUUUAGUAUUAGUCUUAACUAAAUGCCAAAUAAUAAUUAAGAAAUUACUUUUGAAUUAGCCAGUAAACACACCACUUAAAAAAAUAAGCCUAGGAAAUUGAGACCCAGACAUAUAUUAUUGAUGCCUUUACAACCCAGACCCUGGUAAUAUCAGAUUCUAGGUGCAUUGUUUUUCAUCAGCAAGCCUUUCUGCCACUGCAAUGUAAUGAACUAGAGGUGACUGCCAUGUGAACUUGGACUCUUCUAAAACAGUUCUGUGUCCCUUAGACCAUAAUCUCUUUUCACUUUCAUCAUAUAGGUUUACUCCCCAAGCCAAGGAUAAGCACUUAAUAUUUCACUACAGUUCUACUCUCAAUAACCAAGAUUGCUUGCAAUUUCUUGCCUUAGUGACUUUGGAGAAAAAGAAAAAAGAAAACACAGCAUCCUUACAUUUCUUUAAAGUACGUAGAGAUAAAGUUAGUGAUUAGGUAAUCUAUGAUAACAUAAUGUGGAAGCUUGAGAAAACCCUCCUAAUAUUUAUUUUCUACCUCUGCCACUUGCCUGCAAUUCUUCCCAUUUAGGUAACUCAGAGAGAACAAUUUCAACAAAAAUUAGUCCUCUCCUAUUAAAAUUAAAACCUUACACACUUUUCAAAUCUAUCCUGCUUUUCCUUUUAGAUUAAAGACAAGUUAUAGACACAAGUGACAAUUUCCUGCCUUUCAUCCCUUGUGUGGAAACAUUUACCGUAACUUUUUGCUUAUAUAGGGAUUUGCUAAAGUUUCUGGGAAACUAACAGCCUAAUAGAAAACCAUUUCAACCUGUAGGGGGAAAGCUUCACAAGUGGUGAAGCAGGGCUGCAGGUGUUUCUCUGUCUCUCUCCCUCUCUAUCUCCCCUUCCCCUCUCAAUUUCUCUCUGUAUCUAUCCAAUAAUAAAUAAAUAAAUAUAUUUUUUAAAAAAAAAGAAAACCAUUUCAGUAGGAAAUAGCAAAAUGACAAGCUUACUAUUAUUUAACCUAAAAAUGAAGAUUCCCAGUAGACAUCCUUAAACAAUAAUUAGCAGGGCUUCUUUUUUUCUAAGUGACCACAGAUCCAACCCUUUCUAGGCUUUACAUUGUAAAUAACUCUAUAAAAACUUUGAUUAAAAAAAAAGACUUUUGAUUUGGAGUGUAGGUUUCACCUAAGCCUUCAUUCCUUCAAAAAGUCUUGACAAGCCUUUUCUCAUUCCGGUAUGGUUUGCAGCAUUUCAGCUGCUGAGAUGAGAGCAGAUAAUCCCUUUGCUUUCCCAUUCUUGACCUUCUUUACCACCAUUCUUAAAGAGAAAAACAGAAUUAGAGGAGUGAGAUAGAUUUCGUCAUGUAUGUUUUCAUAGGCACUUGAAGGCUUGAACCCGUCAAGUCAAAGAGCAUAUGACCCGUGUCAUGGAAGAACUUAAGCUUUAGACUUAUUAAGUUGUUGAUAAUUUUGCCCCUAUACGAAUAAAUCUCUUACUAGCUUAAUCAUACUUUUGUGAUAAGGAGUUGCCUUUUAUAGGAGCAUUCAGAAGGAGUGCUCAUACGGCAAAAUAAAAUACAUUAGCGACUACAUGUAGCAUGUUCCCAAAUUCCAUUAUACAUAUCCCCAAAUAUUUCACCUUUUAAAAUAUGUUUCUGUAUAGGUGCUUUAGAAUAUGCUUCUUUAUAGUUAUGGGAUCUAUCACAUAUCUGUCAUUAAUCAGAAUCUUCCAGAGAAUAUGGUCAGGAAUCUUACACAAACCUGGUGCUGAGUUGUUUGUCCACGUAGUCACACAUUCACUACUUGAUAGAAAUGGAAAAGGAAGUAGGUGGCCAAAGUUUGACAAAGGUUUCUCCUUACAUAAUAUCCCAAAGUCAGUGUGAAAGGCUAAUGUUUAAUGUCUAAUGACUUAACAUAAUUUGUGGUUUAGGUAAAGUCUGAGAAAAAAUGUCCUAUCUCCACAUCUAAGCAGGUAGUAUCCCACUAGCAAGUUCAGUCACGUGUGUAAGAAGAAAUACAAAGUACCAAACGUAAUAGGAAAAUAAACUUUCUAAAGUUGAGUUUAACUUUAAUUACAGUGUACCUGAGGUUGACUUUGAAUAUGAAUUUUCUAAAAAAAAAAAAAAGUGAUGUUUUAUUGUUUAUCAUCUAAUGGCUGUAAACUGUAGUACUAGAAUAAAAAAAAAAUGGAAA